UUGGUGAAUAUGUUGUUGGGUGGAUAAAGUUUUGCGGAGAUCGUUGGCCUGGGAGAUGUGGGUCGGUGGUGGGUUCACUUGAGUGCCACGUUUUACAUAAAGCGGCUGCGUUGGAAUUGGGACAUGGAGCUGUAUUUUGGGAAAUACGGUACUUGGGGGUGUUUUAGAAGCAACCCGUACUGAUUAUAUCUUUCUCCCUUGUGUUCCUUUUACCCCAGGUUUGAAUUUUCUCGGAGAAAGACAGGCCGGCCACGAGGAAAAAAGAAACAAGCCGCAGCAACAUCUAAGCCCUUGAAAGGAUCCUGAGAGGGGGGAAAGGGAAAACAGCAGCCACCAGCCCAACCACUUGUGUCUUCUGCCCCUACCCACCCAUCUUGCCCCCCCCACCAGCCCACGCUGCUUGGGACUUGAGAUCUGUGGCCGAAGGACCGUCACCACAUAACUUCAAAAAUAAUCAACCACCCUCCCUUCCCAAACAACCCAAAUUCACUCAUCCAGCGUUUAAUUUUUUGAAACCACUCAGAAUUUUUUACUACGAACCCCCCCUCCCUAAAUGGAGUUGGGUGGGGGGAAAUGAAAACUGAGUUGGCCUUGAUUUUUUUUAAGAGACUUUUUGAUCCAAUGAGGCCCCCCAAAUAAUUGUUUUGGGUCCUGGUUGGUGGUUUUAUUUUUUUCUCCAAAAUUUUAGCCCCCCCUUCCCCUGAGCCCGAGGUGCUGACGUCGCAAAAAAAUUGGAUAAAACCACGAUCAUGGGUUCAGGUCCCAUAGACCCCAAAGAGCUUCUCAAGGGCCUGGAUAGCUUCCUUAACCGAGAUGGGGAAGUGAAGAGUGUGGAUGGGAUUUCUAAGAUCUUCAGUCUGAUGAAGGAAGCACGAAAGAUGGUGAGUCGAUGCACUUACUUGAACAUUCUCCUGCAGACCCGUUCACCAGAAAUAUUGGUCAAGUUUAUUGACGUUGGUGGCUACAAGCUUCUUAACAAUUGGCUGACAUAUUCAAAGACAACCAACAACGUUCCCCUCUUGCAGCAAAUUCUACUGACCCUGCAGCACCUGCCACUCACCGUGGACCAUCUCAAGCAGAACAAUACAGCCAAACUGGUGAAGCAAUUGAGCAAGUCAAGUGAGGAUGAAGAGCUCCGAAAAUUGGCCUCAGUCCUUGUCAGCGACUGGAUGGCUGUCAUCCGCUCCCAGAGUAGUACACAGCCUGCUGAGAAAGAUAAGAAGAAACGUAAAGAAGAGGGAAAAAGUCGAACCACUCCUCCUGAGCGGCCCUUGACUGAGGUGAAGGCUGAGACCCGGGCUGAGGAGGUCCCAGAGAAGAAGAAGGAGAAACCCAAGUCUCUUCGAACCACAGCACCCAGUCACGCCAAGUUCCGUUCCACUGGUCUAGAGCUGGAGACACCGUCUCUGGUGCCUGUGAAGAAGAAUGCCAGUGCUGUGGUGGUCUCUGACAAGUACAACCUCAAACCCAUCCCCCUGAAGCGUCAGAGUUUGGCAGCUGCUCCAGGGGAUGCUGCCCCCCAUGCAGAGAAGAAAUAUAAGCCACUCAACACAACACCCAAUGCCACCAAAGAGAUCAAAGUGAAGAUCAUCCCGCCACAGCCCAUGGAGGGCCUGGGCUUUCUGGAUGCUCUCAAUUCAGCCCCUGUUCCAGGCAUCAAAAUUAAGAAGAAAAAGAAGGUGCUGUCACCUACAGCUGCCAAGCCAAGUCCCUUUGAAGGGAAAGCAAGCACAGAACCGAGCACAAAACCUUCUUCCCCAGAACCAGCACCUCCUUCUGAGGCUAUGGACAUAGACCGUCCAGGGACUCCAGUUCCCCCUGUUGAAGUUCCAGAGCUCAUGGAUACUGCAUCUUUGGAGUCAGGGGCUCUGGAUGCUAAGCCAGUGGAGAGUCCUGGAGAUCCUAGCCAACUCACACGUAAAGGCAGGAAGAGGAAAACUGUGACGUGGCCUGAGGAGGGCAAACUGAGAGAAUACUUCUAUUUUGAACUGGAUGAAACUGAACGAGUAAAUGUGAAUAAAAUCAAGGACUUUGGUGAGGCAGCAAAGCGAGAGAUACUGUCAGACCGACAUGCGUUUGAAACAGCCCGGCGUCUGAGCCAUGACAACAUGGAGGAGAAGGUGCCCUGGGUGUGCCCCCGGCCCCUGGCUCUGCCCUCACCUCUUGUCACCCCUGGAAGCAACAGUCAGGAACGAUACAUUCAGGCUGAACGGGAGAAAGGAAUCCUUCAGGAGCUCUUCCUGAAUAAGGAGAGUCCUCAUGAGCCUGAUCCUGAACCCUACGAACCCAUUCCCCCUAAACUCAUCCCUCUAGAUGAGGAAUGUUCCAUGGAUGAAACCACAUAUGUUGAGACCCUGGAGCCUGGGGGGGCAGGUGGCUCACCUGAUGGAGCAGGUGGCUCCAAGUUGCCUCCUGUUCUGGCCAAUCUGAUGGGGAGCAUGGGUGCGGGGAAGAGCCCCCAGGGCCCUGGAGGCGGAGGAAUCAAUGUCCAGGAGAUCCUCACCUCCAUCAUGGGCAGCCCAAACAGUCAUCCCUCAGAAGAACUGCUGAAACAGCCAGACUACUCAGACAAGCUCAAGCAAAUGCUGGUACCACAUGGACUUCUAGGCCCUGGGCCAAUAGCCAAUGGUUUCCCACCAGGAGGCCCUGGAGGCCCCAAGGGCAUGCAGCAUUUCCCCCCUGGCCCUGGGGGACCUAUGCCAGGCCCUCAUGGAGGCCCUGGGGGCCCUGGUGGGCCAGUGGGUCCACGUCUCUUAGGUCCCCCACCCCCUCCCCGGGGCGGUGAUCCCUUCUGGGAUGGCCCAGGUGACCCCAUGCGUGGUGGACCAAUGCGGGGGGGUCCUGGACCAGGUCCUGGGCCAUACCAUAGAGGCCGUGGUGGCCGAGGAGGAAAUGAACCUCCUCCUCCUCCUCCUCCUCCAUUCCGAGGGGCCAGAGGAGGUCGCUCUGGUGGAGGACCCCCAAAUGGACGAGGGGGCCCCGGUGGGGGCAUGGGCGGUGGCGGUGGUCAUCGUCCCCAUGAAGGCCCUGGUGGUGGCAUGGCUGGGGGCAGCGGACAUCGCCCCCACGAAGGCCCUGGCGGAGGCAUGGGUGGCAGUGGUGGCCAUCGUCCCCAUGAAGGCCCUGGUGGGAGCAUGGGUGGCAGUGGUGGCCAUCGCCCCCAUGAAGGUCCUGGACAUGGGGGGCCCCAUGGCCACCGGCCUCAUGAUGUCCCUGGUCACCGAGGCCACGACCAUCGAGGGCCACCCCCUCAUGAGCACCGCGGCCAUGAUGGUCCUGGCCACGGGGGAGGGGGCCACCGAGGGCACGAUGGAGGCCACAGCCAUGGAGGAGAUAUGUCAAACCGGCCUGUUUGCCGACAUUUCAUGAUGAAGGGCAACUGCCGCUAUGAGAACAACUGUGCCUUCUACCACCCGGGUGUCAAUGGGCCCCCCUUGCCCUAGGGACCACUGCCUGCCCCACCCACACCGCCCCCUGUGGACUGCAGCCUUGCUCCUUCCACCUUGUUAUGGCUUCUGUGAGGCCCGUUUUUUCCUUUGCCCAGCUGAGGAGGAGCCGGCCCCUUCAGUUCCCACCUGCUUGGGUUCCUGGGGGGUUUUCUGAUCACUGGUGCACACUGAUGUACAUAUUUCCCUCCAGUCUGGGGAGGAGAGAGACUGGACACAUUCUGUACCCCUGGACUGCUGAAAAGGAGACCCGGUUGGCUUCACUUUUGGAGGAGAUUCACCCUGUACUCCAAACCCCUUCCCAGUAUUACCCUUUAUGCCUGAGAACCUAAAGCUGGUUAUCCUGGAGAACAUCUCUGCUCUCCUGUUGUGGGUUCUCCAUACGCACACAGAACUCUUGACAAGGGAUCACCUGCACUUAUGAAAUCAUCCCAGCCAUGUUCAUUGUUCCUCAUGGGGUGGGGAGGUGUAAGGGGUAUUAUAUAUCCCACUGCACUGAGAGGGCUCAAUCAGGCUGGAUUUGAGUUCUGGAACACACAUCAUCCCCACUCCUCCCCAGACUCGGGCUUUACAUUGAGUCCUUUUUCAAGUAACACUUUGCCAACCUUCUGUGAACACCCUAGACUGCAUCAUGGGUCUGCUAGGUUCAAUGAUGGCAAAUUCACAUCCGCAUCCAGUGAAACUUUUAGCUGCAAGGUGAGGCCCGCGGUGCUGGGCUGUGUCCUUGCCUACAGUUCAUUCGGGAGACUUGAUGAAAUCCUUCAGUGAGAUCGGCUUGAGCCCAGCACCCUGGGCCUGACAGUCACACUACAUGCACUGCCUUCGGGAGUUGGCUUGCUCCCGGCCCCCGUUUGAAGCCUCGUUGGUGUGAGGCUUCCAGCCCCCUCGCCCUGUCACCCACCACUGAAUCCUCCCAGGUGCCUUCCUGGGUGGAGUCAAGGGGGUGAUCUUGCCCUUUCCCAGCCCUCUCCUCCACCUGUCUCAGCAUCAGUUGUUUUCUAUGAAAACAGUGGAUUGGUUGGGUUUCAUGCAGGGUCUUGGGUUAGAGCCACAAUGGAUUUAAGGAUGAGUAUUUUUUUUCUUUUGGUUUUGUAUAUUUUGUACAUUAAUAAUAAACCGUGGGAAGAGAAGCAGCUUAUUUAA